AUGAGGAAUUCUGGCCAAGUCUUUUAUUCACCCUGUCACGCGGGUUGUCCGAUUAGCGGAGCAAACUUCUCGCUAUUUGCUGGAAAGGAUCGAAGCAGCCAACUGCCACAAUUCAACAAUUGUGCUUGUGCAGGCACCGAGGACGGCAUUGUCUCGCGAAGUUUCUGUAUGGUAGACGAUUGUGAGUGGAAAUUCAAGGUGUACUUCGCAAAUCAGGCUAUCGGUGCUUUCUUCGGCGGAAUGUCCGUUGUUCCGGCUAUGUUGAUCAUUUUACGAUCGGUUGAUCCAGAGCACCGGAGUGUUUCAUUGGGUUUCAAUGGCUUUGUCGUCAGCUUAUUCGCCACUCUUCCAUCGCCAAUCGUUUGGGGGAAACUGAUCGAUCUCUCGUGUAUCGCCUGGCAGAAAACAUGUAGCUCAACGGGUGCCUGCUCGCUUUAUGACAAUGAUAAGCUACGAAUACAAUUACAUGUGAUCUACGGUACGAUACGGCUAAUCUCACUCUUCUCCGACCUCUGGGUAUUCUAUUGGGCAAAAGGUCUCAAAUUGACCGAUGAAGAGGAAGAGGAAAAAGAGAACAAGAAAGAUGGUGAAGAAGCGACAAAACCGGAAGAAGAAGAACUAAUGUCAAAAAAGCUCAGCAUAGCAUCGGAUACUCGAGAAAGAAAAGCGACACGAGAAGCCAUCGAACUGAUUCAACAAUUAGAAGAGGGA